AUGGACCCGGCCAUGAGCUAUGGGCCGCUCCGUGCACCGGAGCUGCGGUGGCUCUGCAGCGAGCGCGGUUUGAGCCCGCAUGGUUUCAAGCAGGACCUGGUUGCCAGGCUCUCUGAGCAAGACCAGCAGGGAGUGGAAAGCACCUCGGAGUGCUCUGCUUCGGGCCUUGAGCCCUUUCGAGAGUUGGAGGAGUUGGCGGCAAAGCUUGCGGCAAGGCCGGCCAGUCCCUACACCGUGAACCCGCGAACAGCAGCCAAGGCCAAGGAGCCGCCUCCAACGAAGGCCGCGGGGGCGGGGCCCGCGGGGCCCGCGGAGCGGCAACCGCAACCUCGACAGCCGAUCGUCGUGGGCCCGAAGCCUUCGAUGCCCUCGAUGGCGCCGGCACAAGCGAAGAUGCCCCCGGCCGCCCCUGCGGCCCCGGCGGCCCCUGCGGCCCCUGCAGCCCCUGCAGCAGCGCCAGUGGUGCCCCCAGCGACCCAGCAGGGCCUCACCGAAGACGAGCGAGCCCUGAGAGGUCUGCUGGAGUUCUUUGCGUGUUCGGAUGUAAAGACGGGGGAAGGCAAGCUCUUCGCCUCGAGGUACCGGGACUUCGUGCGGACCGUCUUUGACUUUCUGCAGUCCGAUGGCUCCACGGCCUCCACGCCCACGGCAAGUACCGCGGCUGCUGCCGCAGCGGCGGCCGCCGCGGCCACGACCGACGCCAUCCUCCGUGGCAUCUCCCAGGAAAGCCCCGAGGACGCGGCUCAGGGCUCCCAGCCUUGGUCUUCCGACAUGUGGCAGAAGUGCAAAGAGGUCAUCGACACCCAUCUCCAGGUGUGCCAUCUGCAGAUCAAGCAGGAUGCACUCUUCGCAGAGCUGGAGGCUAUGUCCAAGGCUGCUGCCGAGAAGCAUGACGAGAUCAAGGAAGUUCAAGGACGAUUGGAUCAGCUGAUGCAGACCGAGACCCAACAAAGGCAGCAGCUCAUGGACCGGGCGCGGAUCCAGAUCGGCGCCUGGCUCGACAAGUCGCAGUCCUGCAGCGCGACAGAGAGCCAGAUUCGGCGUGCCUUCCACACGAAGGCUUUGCAGUGGCACCCCGACAAAUGCAAUGCCCCAGACGCGGCCGAGCAGUUUCGAAGAGUGAAUGAGGCUUUCAAGAUCCUCAGCUCUGACACGAGCCGCCGGGAGCACGAUGCCCAGCUGGAGGCGCGGCUCCGUCCAAGAACGGAGCCUCCCCAAACGGCUCCCGUGCGACGCCUUUUGGAGCCCAUCGCAGCCUUCCGGCAAUUGCUGCUGGAUGCGUCUGCGGGGAAGAUCGUCUCGGUGCCGGAUCUCAGGGCCUGGCCGCAGCCUUACCGGGCUUCCUUCAUGCAGUGCAAGGUCCGGGAGGUGCACCAGCUGCUGUUCGUCCUUGCUUGGGUCGUUUGCUGUGUUCCGCAGAGGGAUGUUAUGUUAUGUUUUAUGGGCAUGGCAUCCUCGCUUCAGGAGAAGCGAGGAUUAGAUGCCCGAGCAAUUCGCGUCGUCUGCGAGAGCCGACGGCGCGACAAUGUGACGAUGCCUUCGCCGUACGGGAUCCCUUUUCCAGCGGAUUGCAUCGAGCGUGGCGACCUGAUCUCCCAGCUGCUGCAUCAAGUCGAAGGUGAGCUCGACCGUCGGGUGCGGCUCUCCGCGUCCCUUUCACAGGAUUGGUCGGAGCUGCAGAAGGCAGACCUUGUAGCGUGGCUUGGGCCCCAGAG